AUGCCAUACAAAUCAGUAUUAGCUGACAGCCAUCAGUGCGACCGACGUCUGCCGGCAUGCACCUCGUGCAGUGGGUUAGGGGCCGAGUGUAUCCCACGGAACCAAGAUUUCAACACAGUAUCUGAGCUCUCUCACACUUCAGUCAUUGGCCGUGCGCUCGACACUGUCAACAUCAAUAGACAUGGCACCGAAGAUUCUUCUGUGAGAGCCACAAUGGGGGCAAUCGGCUUCUUAUCACGAAAUGCAAUGGCCGAGCCCCGAGAUAAUUCCGAUGAUCUACCCAGGAAGUUUUCCUUAGCAGAGGUGAUCUCCGGGGCCUUGGCUAUUGAUGGACGCGACCCAUCCACAGCUAUGCCGGCACCUCAAACUCCUGAUAUGAACAGUCGCCUCAGUUCAGAGAGCCGGGAUCUAACGCUUGAGCAUGUCCGGAAAUUCCUGGAAUGGCCAAUCAUUAUGCCAUACAUCGACAAGGACAUUUAUCUCCGGCAAUGUGAGGAUGUUAUGGCAUUCUGCCCUAGCAUGCUCAGCCUUGUCAUGGACCGCCCUUUGAGCAUCCAGGAUGAUUACAUUUCGGUACAAUUUAUCAACCGAUUUUACGAUCUGUUUAUUAAGGGAAACCGUCUCGUGGAACCAUUUCCCAGAUAUUAUUCCACGUCAAUCUCAACGACUCAUUCGAUUUACCUUCACGUAGAGGAUUACAGGUGGCUACAUGAGUAG